GCCAAAAAUUUAUUUAAUUGCGGUUGGAGAUGUUGUGCUUUCUUAGCUUACGGCUACACCGUAGCCUUACUCGCACCCAGCUGUCAGGCGUUGCCGGCGAGAUCUUCCGGGCCUUUUUCGCAGACCUGAUCACGCCAGAAGGACCAAAUACAAGUACAUAUCCCGCCGCCACAGCACAGCUUCACAGCUUCGAUUUAGCGUCUAGUAACCAGAAUGUAGCCAUUGCGCCUUCGGACGAUGAUGUGUGGAUCUUCGGCUACGGGUCGCUGGUGUGGAAGGCGGACUUUCCCUAUAUCGACCGCCGGCGCGGCUUUGUAUGGGGAUUCAAAAGGCGCUUCUACCAGCACAGCAUCGACCACCGGGGCAUGCCCGACAAGCCGGGGCGGGUAGUGACCUUGCUGCCUGGCGAUCCCGCUGAGGAUCGGGUCUACGGCGUAGCCUACCGCAUUGCUGCCGCCCAGAAGGAUGCGGUGCUGAAUCACUUGGACUACCGCGAGAAGAACGGCUACGAGCGCUGCAGUCUGGAGUUUCACGAGUAUCUAUCCGCCACGAAUCCCAUCCAGGUGAUCAUGUAUGUGGCGACGCAAGCCAACGACUCCUAUGCCGGCGACGUGUGGCAAGUGCCGUGCAUAGCCAGGCAAAUCUUCACCUCUGCCGGACCCAGCGGCCCCAAUCGAGAUUACCUCUUUAACUUGGCCCUAGCCAUGGAGAAACUGUUUCCCGGUGCCGUUGACGAACACCUCACUGAGCUGGUGACCUGUGUGAGGCGCCACAUCGAGCAGGAUGAGCCCGAGCUGCUGCAGCGGGCCCUGCAGGAGGAGAUAACCAACAUCCUCUGCGAAUCUGUCAGGGAGGCGGUCAGGGAGGACGAGCCUCUAGACCAUGGGGAGACCUCGCGGCGGCUGGAGGCUCUGCACCAAAACUGCCAGAAAUCUGGCUGGCGAGAGCCACUUCUUGACGUGCAGUUGAGACGGCAGAGCCUCUCCACACCUUCCUGACGCCCCGAAGAGCACUUUAAUCGCAUCAACUAGACAAUUUUUUAUUUAUUAUCGUUAAAUAUUGCAUGUGCGUGUUGUUGUGUCCAUUCCAAAUGUUCCCGUGAAUACAUGUCGCCUGUUAGGGCGGAAGGUCUGUGUAAAUCUGCGUUGAUAAGCCGCAACGGAUUAUUUAUGGAAGUCCAGUUUGAAUUUAUAUCAGCCAGCUGACGGAUGAUUUACAGCAGUCUAGCCCGAUAGUUUUACACUUUCCUAUCGAUGUUUUAAUAUCUUCAAUAUUUUGCGACAUAGAAAUGGCAAAAUGCGUGUCAGAGUGAGAUAUUGCUAUCCGUACCUGUCAAUUCGUGGUUUGCAUCAAAAUCAUUUGUUCGUGAGGCCAAAGAAAUCAGUCGGAGAAUAUCGCGUUGCUAUCAAAGGUACAGCUUUAUCGAUAAGCUGAUAAAAUUAUGUUGAUAGACGCAACCUCGUUGUGCUAACACACCUUGUAGAAUUCAUGUAAAAAUAACGUGUAACGUAGAAAUAUUAUUUG